GCAGUCGCUCGCCGCCGCCGACCCGCGCUGAGCGGAGCAGUGCUGAGCCGAACCGUGCCGAACCGUGCCGAGCUGUUGCCGCGAUGAUGCCCGGCAGGACGAUUCGCAAACCUGCGCCGCCCGCCGCGCCUGCAGAGCGGGACGCGGUGGCUGAGUGCGCGCUGGAGCUGCGCAGGAUCGGAGACAAGGCGGACCUGCAGCAGAAAGUCCUGAACCUCAUCACGAAACUGUUCUGCCCCAAAACGUGAGCCGCCGCGCCCGCGGUGCUCCGAAACAGAGGGGAGAUUUCGGCUUUGCAGAUCUGGAACGAGAGAUUUCACUUACACUGGGAGACGGAGAAAGCUCUUUGACUUGUGUUUUGCUACCUGGAGCCACUGAAGGAUGGCUGUCGCUACGGGAUUUCUUUGGGAAAUGUUACAUCAUUAUUGCUUUGUGGAUGUCAAGUGGGAAAAAAAAGGAAAGCGAUGAGCACAGUCCUUCGCUACACAGUGGGGGGAGAGUGGGGCAGGUUGGAACUUGUCCUUCUCAGGUAUGGGGAACCCUUUGAGAACUCCGCUUCCCAUGUUGCCUUUGCAUCCCACAUCCCACCCAGGAACUGUGGACAGAAGGUUCCGAAGCACAGAAAGAACUAAGGGCUGUGGAACGUGGGCACGAAUCACGAGGUGAAAGCCAGCAUUCAGGUUAUGACUGCUCUUAUCUUCUACAGCUUGGAUUCUGCUGGAUGGGAAGUGGUGGUGCUGGGGAUAUCUCAUUCGUUCAUUAAAACCACUGCCUUAAUUUAAAGGUUAUCUGUUGUAGCAAGUGGCUUUGGGGAUAAAAAAAAAAUUGCAAUUCUGUGAAUUAAUGUGAUGUUGCAUAGUUCUAGUCUAUAUAUUAUAUAUAUGUAUAUAUUUGCAUAUAUCUAUAUAUAUUACAUAUAUAUAAAAUAUAAAUAUGUGUGACCCCCUUGUAUGAGAGGAGUAUUGCACGGAACUGCUAAGUCAGUGCUACUUCUUAAGUCUCAAAGAGUAGUAUGAAAAAGUGCUGAAAACAUGAUGGAAACACUUGAUGUUAGCAGAAGAAAGCAUUAUGUUUUCUGAUCGUACAGACAAUACUUCUUGCAUUACAGAGGGGAGAUACUAUAAUUUAGUAUACCAUUCAAUAAGUCAUAGGAAUGUAUAUUACACAAAUACUGAUAUUGAGGUAUAUGUGCGUUGAGCGGAAGGUUUCUUCCAACACUGAAAAGAAGUUCCUGAUGACAAUACAAGACCGCCAUGUGUUUUUCUAAGUAGCAAAAUAACUCAUCAACAGACCAAGAAGUUGCAUCUGAGUCAAAACUCGAAUGUUCUUCAGAUUUUUUCAAAGAAGGCGACUGCCUCUCUUUGAAGAAAUCAUAAAACAGAUUGUUACAGUCAGUACAGGAAAGCAGCUGCAAUCUUUAAUCGUUCUUUAAGGGAAGAUCCGUCCCUUGUACUUAGUUUCUCUUUCGUUUCAUGGCAUCCUCAUUUUGUUUCCGGAAAGACAGAGCUGCUGCAGCACCCAAAGAGGGGCAACGUGAUGCUGUAACAUGGAGCUCCCCUUGCUGGCUCUAGAGGAGCUGCCCUAAGCUCACCGCCCAGGCAGGUGCCACCUCUAGGCUGCGUCUUUCUCCUGAACAGUGUUCUUUUGAGGGUGCACGCUAGCAAUAAAACGGCCAUAGCUGGUGACGUUUCUCGCUACUUCUUCAAUCAGUGUUCAGAGAUGUGCAGAUACCCAUCUCCUUCAGAAGACGUAGCACAGAAAGUCAGGUGAGGCCACGCGCUUGCUUCUCUGGCUGAGCUCUGCUUUGGUAUGCAACCUUAUUUGCGUUGUGUAAGGGUGCAUAGUCGCACCUCCUGAAUUCCAGUUCAGAUUACUGGAGGUUUUCCUGCCUGAUAGUGAUUUUCUGUUUUUAUUUAUACUGCGUGUUUCAGCUCGCUCUCCUGCUUCUGCCUUUGCAAAGCCGCCAUGAUGUAGCUGACACAGACUUGCUUGCUCUGCCACAACCAGCUGCGCGAGGCUGCUGCUCCUUGGCACUGACCACUAAGCAGGAGCAGGAAUAGCUGUAAUUCAUCUUCGUGUUGCAAAGCAUCAUGUUUCACUGACAUCUACAUACAUCAGUUUUCCAGGUAUAAAAAAAUGAAUGCAAAGAGUUUUGGUUAAACACCAGUGUGCUACUCAGCAAGGUUGCCCGCCCCGUAAUCAGUGGGAACAGCAGUGCUGCAUGGCCUGGUGACACCCUGUGGGCUGUGCCUGGCUCAGGAGUGCACAACAUUUACAUCAGGAGCUAAAAUGUAUUUGGAUAAAAGUCUUCUGCUUUGUGCAUGCUGCUUUGAAGCUCUGUAGGAAAUUAGGCACAGGGUUCACGGAGCCCGGGCAAUAAUUCAAGCUGUAGCACACACAAAUGUUAUCAAAAAUAAUAAUAAAAAUGUGUCCUCAUAAAUGCAUUAUGUGGGGGCAUCUGCAUGAAAUACCAGUGCAAGUGUUUUUCUGCCUAGAUCUGUAAGGACUAUUUGCUUUUUGUGAAAUGUUUUUACGUUUUUUCAAGUGUUGUCAAUAGCUAGCAUCCAGCGAGCUCAGGAAAAAGUCUGUAUCCAGGUGAUCAGUGCCAGUAUGUGAGCCUGCUAAUGUCCUCCCCACAAUUCCUUUUGUUGCUUCCCCAAAGCAUUUGCUAUUAUAUGAUGUAUCAACACGGGUUUGUUUCUCUUGUGGCCAGAUAUUUCCCUGUAUGCCCCACGCAUGUAUGUCUUGAAUUCUUGUUGAGAUAAUAAAUGUGAAGUGCUAGCAAGAAAAA